CAGCUAGAUGACCUACGUUCGUCAGCUUCGACGAGGAAGGAUGUAGCGCGUGUCUUUGCGUCAGGUUAAAAUUGUCGAUCAGGUUAAAUUUGCAAUGAGCUCGCAACCGAUUGUGGUGCCUGGUGGAGAGCAUCGUCUUCAGCCAGAGUCUCAGUCUGUUCCUGUUGGAAGUUCAGUGGAUACCUACAAGACCAUGACACCGCCAAACGUCAGCAGAUCCCUCAGUCAACCAGCGGAUCGGCAACUUCGAAGAAGCAGCAUCCAAGCACAGUCUACACCAUUACCUAAACUUCCAUCAACCGAGUCCCUUGCAACAAGCAUAAAUAUUACAGCUGAUGCACCUCCAGUUUCUCCAGGUAUCUCUGGUAUGGGCGAAGGUAGUCAAAAAAUGGAUAAUUCAUCAGACAAGUCGUUAGAUUCUUGCAAAUUAACGCGAAAGGAAUCGUAUAAGGCUCAAAGAAAGAAUUAUCGAAUGGAAAAGAAAAGAGUUGCCGAUGAACUUUUAAGUUCUUUCAAAGAUCCAACCGUUAUUGUUAUGAGUGAUUGGUUAAAAGUUCGCGGCACACUGAAAAGUUGGACCAAGUUAUGGUGUAUUCUGAAACCUGGAUUAUUGCUGCUAUACAAAAGUCCAAAAACGAAGAGUAACCAUUGGGUUGGAACGGUACUACUCAAUACAUGUCAAGUUAUAGAACGUCCGAGUAAAAAAGAUGGAUUUUGUUUUAAAUUAUUUCAUCCUUUGGAACAAUCUAUAUGGGCUCCUCGAGGACCAGAAAAAGAAGCUAUUGGUGCUGUUGUACAACCUUUACCAACAUCGUACUUAAUCUUUCGAGCACCAUCUCAAGCGGCAGGCAAAUGUUGGUUGGACGCACUUGAAUUGUCGUUACGUUGUUCUUCGUUAAUAGUACGCUCGACAAGCGCAUUACCGCGUCCUUUACCACACGAUGCAACUACCACUCAUGAAACUCAAUGGAGCGAGGCUGAUUAUGAAAAGCACUUUGAUGAUCAUGAAUAUGAUACCCGUCAAGUAGUAACGCUAGACCCUGUGUACACCUCGCAUACAGACCUGGACGAUAUUAGUCAGCCGGAAAAUGGAGUAGUAGCUGAUGCUGAAAUUAGUGCCUCGGACAGUGAGUCUGAAGCAUCAGCCAAAGAAGAUCAAUCAGAGCCAAUCACCGAAACACCAUAUAUAGCUAAUGAAAAUGAAAUUCUUGGAACGGCUGGUGAAGUCGUUACAGAACUGCAAGAAGAACAAAAAUCUUUGUUAUGGUUCUUAAUGAAACAAGUUCGUCCUGGUAUGGAUCUAUCUAAAGUUGUAUUGCCAACUUUUAUUUUGGAAUCACGGUCAUUUCUUGAAAAACUGGCCGAUUCGUAUUAUCACGCCGAUUUAUUGUCUCAAGCAGUAUUGGAAGAUGAUGCAUUUACACGUAUGAAAGCCGUAGUGAAAUGGUAUUUAUCGGGAUUUUACAAAAAACCACAAGGCUUGAAAAAACCAUACAAUCCGCUUUUAGGCGAAACAUUCCGUUGUUAUUGGCAGCAUCCUAAUGGUUCAAGAACAUUCUAUUUAGCCGAACAAUUAUCGCAUCAUCCACCUAUCUCAGGAUUUUAUGUGACAAAUCGUCAAGAUGGAUUUACCAUCAGCGCUACGAUCAUUGCAAAAUCUAAAUUUUAUGGAAAUUCGACCACUGCAAUUUUAGAUGGUAUUGCUGUAUUAACGAUGUUGCCGAGAGGCGAAGAUUAUACAAUGACAAUUCCUUAUGCACAUUGCAAAGGCAUUCUUAUGGGGACAUUAUCUAUGGAACUCGGUGGAAAAGUGACUAUAAUAUGUGAGAAGACCGGCUAUCACACAGAAUUAGAAUUUAAACUUAAGCCGUUUCUUGGCGGUGCGGAAUUAUUGAAUCAGGUUGUAGGACGAAUACGUUUAGGAAAGGAAACUUUGGCUACUAUUAUGGGAUACUGGGAUGGAUUAAUUUUAAUAACGGACAAACGGACAGGGCAAGAAAACAUUUUCUUCAAUCCUACUCCGGAAGUACGCAACAAAAGAUUAAAAAAAUAUAGUGUUCCUUUGGAACAUCAGGGAGCAUGGGAAAGUGAAAAAUUAUGGUUAGCUGUUACACAUGCUAUUAAUAGGGACGACCAGAUUGCCGCUACUGAGGCUAAAACUCGACUUGAGGAAGCACAAAGAGAACGCGCUAAAGAGCGAAAGACUCUAGGACAAGAAUGGGUUCCAAAAUACUUCGUUCAAGAUAUUAUAACUGGAAAUUGGGUUUAUCGGCAUGCUGACAUAAGACCAUGGGAUCCGAGAAACGAUGUAGUACAAUAUGAAGAAAAUUAUAUAGUGCGCACAAAAACUAGACAUAAAACACCUAUUAUGCGUACUGGUAGUAUUGUUUCUACUGAACCCCAAUCACAGAUUCCAUUAUUACAAGCUGAAUCACGUUCCUCUUUAUCAGUGCUCAAAUCUUCUAAGAGACAGCUAUCAAACAAUAUGCCUUUAACAGAGGCUCAUGAUUCUGGAAGCUCAUCUGCGGAGGCACAUACCGAUUCUAGUCAAUCAUUAGGGAAAAGAAAACGUUCAACCACUAGGUUAAUUGACGUAAUGAAACAAGUUGAGCAUCAAAUGAUAGAACAGGGUGAGAAAUUGAAUCGUAUACAACAGAUUGUAGAACAAGUUGUAAGAAAGCAAAGAGAAUCUGGUGAACAGCAUCAUAACAUAAAUAUGUUUAAGAGUUUUAUGGAUACUAUACUAAUUAUUAUUAUCGUUUUUUUCGUGCAAUAUUUUUUAAAUAUAUGGUAUAAUGAUCCAACUAAAAAUUGAGGGAUUUUAAUAAGAUUGUUGUUUCUCUUUUG